AUGGCGCCCGCUACUGACGUCGAGCAGUCUGAGCGCGCCUCCCAAGACUCUCAUGACCACUCGGAACACCACGAUGAUAAGCAGAUCGGCGUGCUGGCCGCCGAAGCCGGUCGCUCCGUAGCCGAUUGGACUCUCUGGGUCGGUAUUCUCGGCAUUGCUCUGGUUGCCUACCUUGCUGGUCUGGACAACAACACCAUGUACGCAUGGCAGACUGCUGCCACCUCGGCCUUCAACGACUACCCAGCAUACACCGCCGUCACCGUUGUUCAGGCCGUCCUCAUCGCCGUCGGCAAGUUCCCCAUCGCCAAGUUCGCCGAUGUCUUUGGUCGCGCUCAGGCCUAUGCCCUUUCCAUCGUCCUCUGGGUCCUCGGCUUCAUCAUCAUCGCCGUUUCCCAGACCACCCGCGACGUCGCCGGUGGCACCGUCAUCUAUGCUCUUGGCAACACCGGUGUUCAGAUCAUGCAGCAGAUCGUCCUCGCCGACUACAUCUCCACCAAAUGGCGUGGCGUUUCCAUCGGCCUUGUCAGUCUGCCCUACAUCAUCAACUUCUGGGCCGCCGGUCAGAUUGCUCCCAAGGUCGUUGCCGUCAACUGGCGAUGGGGCCCCGGCUUCUUCAGCAUCUGCGCUCCCGUCGCCGCCUUCUCCAUCAUCCUCGCCCUCGCCGUCAACCAGAGGAGGGCCAAGGCCAAGGGUCUUGUCCCCGUCCACCCUUACAAGACCAUGUCCUGGUACUCCGCCCUCUGGAGUUUCCUCGUCGACAUUGACGCCCUAGGCCUCUUCCUCUUCUGCGGUGGUUUCCUCCUCGUCCUCCUGCCCCUUCAGCUGGCCAAGCUCCAGACCAACGGCUGGUCUACCAGCUGGAUCAUCGCCAUGAUCGUCCUUGGCGGUGUCAUGAUCAUCGCCUUCUGCGUCUGGGAGAUUUUCGCCCCUAAGCCCAUCCUCAACAGGCGAUGGAGGCUCAACAAGGAUGUCCACUUUGCCACUGCCAUCGGCUUCUUUGACUUCUUCAGCUUCUACGCCUCUUGGGUACCCGCCUACACUUGGGCCAUCCUCGUCAUGGACUAUGACUUCACCGGCGCCCUCUACUUCUCCAACUGCCAGUCUCUCGCCUUGACCGUCUUCGGUAUCACUGCCGGCUUCAUCUCUCUCGGCACCAAGAACUACAAGUGGGUCAUGGUCUCGGGUGCUUGCAUCCGACUGCUCGGCAUUGGUCUCAUGAUCAAGUACCGAUCCGCUGGCUCCUCCAACGUCCAGGCCGUCUUCCCUCAGGUUCUGCAGGGUAUGGGCGGUGGCUUCCUCGGCAUCACCUUGCAGGUCGCUGCCCAGGUGAGCGUUCGUCACCAGGAUGUUGCCACCGUCACCGCCUACUUCCUGCUCCUCACCGAGAUCGGUGGCGCUUGUGGUAACGCACUCAUCGGUGCCGUCCAGACUAACGUGCUCCCCGGCUAUUACGAGAAGUACCUCCCCAUGCUCGACGCCACCGAGCGCGCAGCUAUCUUCGCCAGCCCCUUCACGGUGCCCACCCUUUACCCUAUCGGCACCCCCGAACGCACUGGAAUCAUCAACGCCUACAACGACUACAUGCACAUCCUCCUCAUCGUUGCCAUUGUCCUGUCCGUGCCGCCCAUCAUCCUCGGCCUCAUCAUCAACAACCGCAAGCUCAACGACAAGCAGAACUGCGUCAGCAACGAGCUCGCCGGCAUGAGGCGGUUGUCCCAAGACACCGAAGAGUCUUCGGACAGCUCCCUCGGCAAGCAGUAG